CACAGGGGAGUGGAGGGAACAGGUAUAAAAGGAGGGUGAUGCCCCGGAAGAGGCAGCUGGGCACAGGAGCACAGCAAGAGGCCACACCAUGCCCCUCUCUGCUGCGGCCAGGACGGGCCUGAGGGUGGCUCAGACAGGCUUUGUGGUCCUGCUGGUGGUGCACAGCUGUGCCGCCUACCAGCUGGUCUGCUACUACACCAACUGGUCCCAGUACCGAGAGGGGGACGGGAGCUGCUUCCCAGAUGACAUAGACCCCUUCCUCUGCACCCACGUCAUCUACAGCUUCGCCAACAUCAGCAACAACGAGAUCGACACCUGGGAGUGGAACGAUGUGACGCUAUACGACACGCUGAACACACUCAAGACCAGGAACCCCAACCUGAAGACCCUCUUGUCCGUGGGAGGAUGGAACUUUGGUUCUGAAAGAUUUUCCAAAAUAGCCUCCAACACCCAGAGUCGCAGGACUUUCAUCAAGUCGGUGCCACCUUUCCUUCGGACCCACGGCUUCGACGGGCUGGACCUGGCCUGGCUCUACACUGGAGAAAGGGACAAGCGGCAUCUCACCUCUCUGGUCAAGGAAAUGAAGGCUGAGUUUGUACAGGAAGCCCAGAAGGAAACCCAGCGGCUGCUCCUGAGCGCCUUGGUGUCCGCCGGGAAGGUGGCCCUGGACAGAGGCUACGACAUGUCCCAGCUGGCCCAACACCUGGACUUCAUCAGCCUCCAGACCUAUGACUUUCAUGGAGCCUGGCGCCAGAGGACGGGACACCAUAGCCCUCUGUUCCGAGGCCAGGAGGUCCCAAGUUCUGACAGAUACAGCAAUGCUGCCUACGCCAUGGGCUACGCGCUCAGGCUGGGGGUCCCGGCCAAGAAGCUGCUCAUGGGCAUCCCCACCUUCGGGAGGAGCUUCACGCUGGCCUCUUCGAAGAUCGGAGUGGGAGCCCCCAUCUCAGGGCCCGGGCUGCCCGGCCAGUUCACCAAGGAGGACGGGAUCCUCGCUUACUAUGAGAUCUGUGACUUCCUUCGUGGAGCGACCGUGCAUCGACUCCCUGACCAGCAGGUCCCCUAUGCCACCAAGGGCAACCAGUGGGUGGGGUAGGAUGACCAGGAGAGCGUCAAAAACAAGGUGCAGUACCUGAAGAACCGGGGGUUGGCGGGAGCCAUGGUGUGGACCCUGGACCUGGACGACUUCCGGGGCACCUGCUGUGGCCAGAAUCUGCACUUCCCCCUCACCAGCGCCAUCAAGGAAGCCCUAGCAGCCUCUUAGUGCUCGGUCCAGCACACGCUGGGCAGGGCACUGCACCCGAGGUUCUUACUGCUCAGGAGCUGGUCACCUGCAACACUGAAACUCAGUCUCCCUCCCUAGCCCUGCAGAGGGUCCAGCUCUGAGCUCUGAAAGGAAUUAAAUUCGCUUCAUUUAGAGGGGGAAGACGGGAGAGGAGGAGUGAACCCUGAGACUCUUCUUGCUCAUCCCCCUUCCCAUGAGGCCAGCCUCAGAGCAGCGCAGGCAAUCACAGUCAUUGGUUUCCCGAGAACGUCUGCUAUCUGAGGAGGGUCUUAUUGUUUAUGACAUUUCAAAAGGGUCCUUAUGAGCCAGUAGGAAAUAUGAAUCUAGAGCCUUACAAAUAGGCUGACUAAAGACUACAGGCCUUACAGAGCGAACACGCAAGGUCACCAAAUGGCUCACAGCCAACAAGUGGCAAAGCCCAAAGCCAACAGGAUGUGUGCCUGUGCCCAGGCCUCAAGAUCUCCACCUCCACAGAUGGCAAUGCUCCUUACUGACCCAGGGAACCUAGGGAAGAUGCAUAUCUACACCAACACCUCACCUAUUUCCUGGCUACCAUUUACUGAGCACUUGUUAUGUGCCAGGCACUGGGUUGGGUGCUUAACACAAUCUCAUCUAAUCCUUAGAAAUCUCUGUGAGGCAGGAAAUAUCACCCCCACCCCCUUUUAUUAUCCCCAUUUUUGAAUGAGACUCUGAGAUUGUGGGAGUUGGCACAAAACCACAGAUCUAGGGAAAGGAGGGGCCAGGGUUUCAAUCUUUAAACCUCAUUCUGGUCCAGCUGGGGCUCAGUGGUCUACCUAUGAACCAGGUCACAGUUCAAUUGCCAGACA